AUGACUUCAACCUCAUGUACUACAACUCCGGCGGUCAGUGGUCAGGCCACUGUCGCAGGAAACAUUUUGGUGAUUGCUAGAGAUUCUUCGUCUCUAGUAGCUGCAACCGAUGGCCUCAAUGGCUACGGAAUUCCUUAUACCACACUUGUGGUGCCCUCAACCGGUGCUGCUCUGCCUACGCUCAACAAUACCGAUGGAGGUCUCUUCGGAGGUAUCGUUGUGGCUUCAGGAAUUAGCUAUGACUACGGUGACGCGGGCUGGGCAAGUGGCCUGACUUCGGACCAAUGGAAUACGCUAUAUGCUUAUCAGCUUGAGUAUGGUGUCCGUAUGGUCCAAUACGAUGUUUACCCUGGCUCGGACUAUGGAACCACUGUUAUUGGAUCCGGAUGCUGUGAAAGCGGCGUCGAGCAGGACUUCUACUUCACGGAUAUCAGUGACUUCCCUACCUCUGGACUGCGUACUGGCUCUGCUGCCGGUGUGAGCACUGAAGGUCUAUACCACUACUCGGCCUCUAUUAUCAACACCAACAAUACCAAGUCAAUUGCAUCUUUCGCUGCAAACUCGGUCGUCACCACUGAAAGCACUGCUGCUGUUAUCAAUGACUUCAAUGGCCGUCAGCAAAUGGUAUUCUUCAUGUCAUUGGACCCCAGCUGGAGUGCUACUUCAGCAUUCGUACAGCACGCCUGGAUCACUUGGAUAACCCGCGGUCUUCAUGCUGGAUGGCGUCGUGUCAACAUCAACACCCAGAUUGAUGAUAUGAUGUUGACGACCAACCUCUACGAGCCUUCUGGUACAUCCUUCCGUAUCACCACUGAUGAUAUGGACGGUAUUCUUGCCUGGAUUCCCAAAAUCAACGCUAAGAUGAACGCCGGUAGCACAUACUUCCCAGAAGUUGGUUUCAAUGGUAACGGAAACAUCGACCGCUCUUCAAACAUUGAUGAUGGCUGGGCUAUCUGCAGUGGUGGUGGUGUCUAUUACACCGCUGCUGCGGCAACAACAGCUGAAUGGCAGAAGCCUCUGGGUACUGGCACUGACCAGUGGCCCUCUACCCCUACCGCUUAUGACUGGACCACCAACUGCACCAGCCGCGAUCCUCUUCUGCUCUGGUGGCAAAAGAACCUGAACAGCUUCGCCCAUCUCUCCCACACAUUCACGCACGAGGCGGAGAACAAUGCUACCUAUGCCGAUAUCUACAAGGAGAUCAGCUUUAACCAGGCCUGGUUGAAGCAGGUCGGAAUCGACCAAGCUACCUACUUCACGGGUAAUGGUAUCAUUCCUCCGGCUAUCACGGGUCUUCACAACGGUGAUGCCCUUCAGGCUUGGUGGGACAAUGGCAUCACGAACUGUGUUGGUGACAACACUCGCACGGCCCUGCUCAAUUCCGAAAACUCCAUGUGGCCUUACUUUACCGAGCUUGCUGAUAACGGCUUUGCUGGCAUGCAAGUCAACCCUCGCUGGUCCACUCGUAUCUACUACGACUGCUGCACCCCUGCUUGCACCCUGGCUGAGUGGAUCAACACCUCGUCCGGCUCUGGCGACUUUGAUAACCUCAUGGCCACCGAGAAGGCUGAUACCAUCCGCCACUUCUUCGGUCUUGCCCACGAUCCGUACAUGUUUCACCAGGGCAACCUCCGUAACGCUGAUACCGAUCCUAUCACCGUGAACGGAGUCUCGUAUCAGUACUCUCUCUUCCAGGUCUGGGUCGAGACUGUUGUGCAGGAGUUUGUCCGCCUGGUGACCUGGCCUCUCGUGACGAUCAAGCACGCUGAUAUGUCCGCUGGUUUCAAGGCUCGCUACACUCGUGAUGCCUGUGGAUACGCCCUCAGCUACACCACUGAGGACAAUGAGAUCAUUGGAGUCACCAUCUCGGCUACUGAUAAUACCUGCAGUGUGCCAAUCCCGGUGACUUUCCCUGUGGCCCCCACCUCCACUAAGAGCUAUGCCACUGAGCAGCUGGGCAGUGAUCCUUUGACCGUCUGGGUUGAUCUUACUGGCUCCCCUGUUUCCUUCACCUUGUCCACCCCUAUUCCCCUGUAA